AUGGAAAAUCGAAGCAAAAAUGACUAUGAUCUCGACGAUCUUGAUGAGGAGUUUCGGCUGUUGAUAGCUAACGACAAAAAAGUAUGGAUCAAGAUCCUGGACUUAGUGACCAAGCUCGCCACGAACGAUCCGGGCUUAAUGCGCUUGAAGACUAUGUUACCUAAAGUUCAAAAUUGUGACACCUACCUCACCUAUUGGAACAUCAUCAAAACGAAGAGUAUUCAGAAAUCUCUUCCUGCCAUCGAAGGCCCUGAUGAGACGAUCACAGAAACGACCGCAGCGGAAAGUGAUAUAGAAGUAAUUCAAACCGGAGAAGAAGAGCAGGAGGAGAACGCGACCGUUUCGAUUCAAGAAAUGUCAGACUUGUCCGAUGCUCUUUCUCCUGAAGCACUUGCUCAGACAGCGGCCUUGCGUGCGCUCUACGCUCAAAGCGCGAAGAAACGAUCAAGUACUGCAUUGUCCUCUUCUGAACAAUUGUCGCCACCAUCAUUUUACGUACCGCCGAAGAAACGUUUCAUUGAAGUGACUCGAAAUUCACCGAAUAAACGAGUUACCCGACAGAAUCUGCAAGAGAAUACGCAGCACACUGGAAUAACUCCUUUUACUCAUGAAAUAUUGAUGACUGAGGCAGACAAAAGCUUUACGAGGAACCUCCUUGGUCCUGGUUCCGCUGCAGAAAACUUAGCUCCUGCCCCAGUAGAGCCGACAAUUUUGGAGGAAGUCGACGAAGACAUUCAAGUCGUUUCCGAAUUCGUCAACAAGCGCGGAACAGAUCAAUUUCCUUUCCUGGUGGCUAUUCUUCUCAACGGCAACAACCCUAGAUUCUGCGUAAAUGUCGACGGCUACUUGCGAAGCUGCCGACCGUGUCAUAUCAACAUGUCAAAGAUGGAACUUCUUAUCUUCUGCACUCGCGGUCGCGAAGGAGUGCAGUGCCGGGGAAAACACAAGUUGAGAGUCAAACACAAAGAAAUGGUGCUCAAAGAGAAGGAUUUUUCAAAACGAUAUCCUCGAAACAAACUCCGCUUGAACAUUGAAAGGCCGGAUCUCAUCUAUGAUACGAAGAACUACGAGGUCGUUCCUUACUUUUCAUCCCAACAUACAUGCGAGCAUCCGAUCUCUUUCAAGAGCAUCAAAGCUGUGAAGGAUGGACAAAUUACGAUUAAAGAGCUGCUUCCAACAAGCCGCAAGCACAUAGAAAAAGAGAUGAUGUUCCCAUGCAAGACUGAAAUCAUCGAUUCGUCGUACCCUCUUCCUCCUCCAGUAACGAGGCCACCCGUCGACAAUCGCUGCCGUCCAUCGAACCUCCCUGUUAUUCCAUUCGACGAACAUCCGCAUCCAGUCACUGAGGACUGCCAGUUCGAAAUGAGACUUUUAUCCCUUCUUCCAUUUUCAUUUGCACAGAAACUUUCGCUCUUGAACGAAGUCGCUUACAAGUGGGUGCAGGAGAAUGAAAUCAAGACACUGAUUUUCUUCGAGAGAGACAAAGAUUGCUAUCAUUGCGAGAGCGCGUUGAAGGAAAUUAAAAAAGUGGCAGAAAAGGUGGACUUUGAAAAGGUUGCCUUUCAUCGAAUCAAUUGCGAUGAUCAGCCGGGCAUUUGCGAGGCAGAGGCUAUUCGUAGAUUUCCAACAGUCCGCUACUACGAGGACGGAGAACAUCUUCGAGACUACUCUCAGCCCAUCCUUGAAAAUACCCUGGCGAACUGGCUAGUCAAAAUCGUCGAUUACAUCCCGCUCCCCAUCAGAUCCGAGCGAGAUCUCAACGAUCUCAAAGAAAUCUCCAAGCUUCCUCUGGCAAUCGCUUUCUUCGACGAAACGCAAAAAGAAGAAAUGACAGCGUUUACGCGAGUUGGAAAUCGUUUUACAAACACAUUUGAAUUCGUCAAGGCGGACUUUGUUUCAGAAGAAUAUUUGGGUUACUACGGAAAGAUUUUGGUGAUCAAGGGAGAGGAAAAGAUCGUGUACGAUGAAGACAGCUUCGAUCAAAAGCAGAUGAACAGAUGGUUCCAGGACAUUUCGGUGAAUUCCGGCUGCCCUACUAUCUCUCCUAACACUCUUCACUCGUAUAAAAAGCCACUGAUUAUCGCUUUGAUUAGUCAGGAACGAUUCAAGGUGGAAAAGAAGUACUGGUGCAAUAGAAUUCAGUCUGUCACUGGAAACUUCCCGACUUUCAAAUUCGCGAUCGCUGAUGUAAUGGACUUUGCAGGGAAACCAGGAAUGCGCAACGGGGAGAUUGGUGGAGCAAGUUGGGAUACGUCAAAGCCCCAUUUGGUGAUCAUGGACGAACACGAACGAGUCUACCCGAUGCGCGAAGAGUACGACAACUUUAACAUCCGCCGCUUUCUCACUUACUACGAAGAUAACAAGCUGGAACCAUUUGUCUCUCAUUCAGAGCUCUAG